GUACAUAAUGGAGCACUUGACACCGCCAUAAUUGCCGCAAAACUUCUCGCAGACAAAAAGCGAAAACCGAUCGAUUUUGGCAAGUACGACUUCAUCACCGAUGCCGUGAAUCUACAGAAACUCUUCGCCUUCUGUCAGGAGGCUGGCGAGGGGUUGUUUCGAAUCGACUGCGAACGGGUAGGCAAGACUUGCAUUCUUACCAGGAAAGAGGCUUCCGAUCUCAUGGAAAUUGCUCACUGCACUUUUGAUCAGAACUUGAAACGAAAAAUGACUCGGCCACGAGGAGCUCACGCUACUGGACCAUUCUUUCAGAUGGUCGGUUACCAGUUCGGAACAUUCAGGAUUUUGGUCCGGUACGAGGUUGACUGUGCAGAUUUCGCAGCAGUAAAGUGCCCACCGUGA